AUUUUCAUCAAUUAACUUCCCUCACCAUAAAAAGACAAACAUUUCCUACAUUCUGAGCCCACAACAUGGCUCUCUCUUCACUUGCCAAGCUAUCUUUUCUUGCAGCGUUCGUGCUAUUCUCUGUGGCAACAGCAUCAGCACGCGAUUUCUCCAUCGUGGGGUACUCGCCCGACGAUUUAACGUGCAUCGACAAGCUCAUCAAUCUCUUCGAGUCGUGGAUUGACAGACAUGGCAAGAAGUACAAGAGCCUUGAGGACAAGCUGCACAGGUUUGAGAUUUUUAAGGAUAAUUUGAAGCACAUUGAUGAGAGGAAUAAGGUUGUCAGUAACUACUGGCUUGGGUUGAACGAAUUUGCUGACAUGAGUCAUGAAGAGUUCAAGAAAAUGUAUUUGGGGCUCAAGGCUGAUCAACUUCCCAACAGAAAUCAGUCUCCCCAAGAAUUUAAGUACAGGGAUUUUGAGAAUUUGCCCAAGUCUGUGGAUUGGAGGAAAAAGGGAGCCGUUACUCGGGUCAAGAACCAAGGUUCUUGUGGCAGUUGUUGGGCAUUUUCUACAGUGGCCGCAGUGGAAGGCAUACACCAGAUCGUGACGGGGAACUUAACUGAACUAUCCGAGCAAGAGCUGAUUGAUUGCGAUACGACUUACAACAACGGCUGCAAUGGCGGGCUCAUGGAUUAUGCGUUUGCUUUCAUCGUUUCUAACGGUGGGCUUCAUAAGGAAGACGACUAUCCCUACCUAAUGGAGGAAGGCACCUGCGAGGAAAACAGGGAUGAGUCCGAAGUAGUCACGAUCAGCGGUUACCACGAUGUACCAGCAAACGACGAGCAAAGUCUCUUGAAAGCACUGGCGAAUCAGCCGUUAAGUGUUGCCAUUGAAGCUUCUGGUAGAGAUUUCCAGUUCUACAGCGGGGGUGUAUUUGACGGGCACUGUGGAACGGAGCUUGAUCAUGGAGUGGCAGCCGUGGGAUACGGGUCGAGCAAAGGACUGGAGUACAUCAUCGUGAAGAACUCGUGGGGGCCGACAUGGGGAGAGAAAGGGUACAUCAGGAUGAAGAGAAACACUGGGAAGCCUGCUGGAAUGUGCGGCAUUAACAAGAUGGCCUCCUUUCCGACCAAAACCAAGUGACCUGAUGAAUCGGUCAUCGUUGUCGUGUGGUGCAACUCAUUCAUCUAUCUGAUGUUGUUGUUCUGUUAGAAAUUAUUUGACUUGAUUCAUGCUUAAGGAAUAAGGACUAGUUAACCCUUUUUUUUUGAAAAUUGUUCUUGCUGCGUUUUCUGAAGAAAAAUUCCUCCAUCGUACGCUAAUAGACUCUGUGCGUUCAAAUGUCAAGAAACAGGAAUUUCCAGCUC